AUGGAUCUGCGCCAGCUACGAUAUUUUCUUGUUGUUUCCGAUCAGGGCAGUUUCACUCAGGCCGCUGAGCGCAUUCCCAUCGCCCAAUCAGCGCUGAGCCGGCACAUGCGGCUACUGGAAGAAGAGCUGGGCGUGCAGCUGUUGAUCCGCACCGGUCGCGGCGUGACCAUGACCGAACAGGGUGAGUUUCUGUACGAACGCGCGCGCUCAGUAUUAGCCCAACUGGAAGACACCCGGCGAAAUCUUCAAAGCUGGUACGACAAUCCGGCUGGCGUUGUUCGCAUCGGCAUGCCCCCUUCCACCACCUUAGUGAUGGCAGCGAUGCUGCUGGAGCGCAUGAAAACCCAACAUCCCGACAUUACCGUACGCCUGACCGAAGGCCUGAGCGCCACCCUGUCGGAAUGGCUGGCGGAAGACCGGCUGGAUCUGGCGGUAGUGUAUGAACCACCCGGUAACACCUCACUGUCAGCGCACAGAAUUGGCAGCGAGGAGCUAUGCCUGGUAAUCAACAACAAUGAUGACGAUAUACCGGACCCGGUUUCCAUUAAGCAGAUGUCAACGCUUAAGCUGAUUGCGCCAUUUGAGAAAAAGGGCAUCCGCAAUCGAAUGGCCGAGGUUUUCAAAGAGGCGGGCGUUGAGUUUGAGCUUGCCUUCGAACUUGACGCGCUGCCGGCCAUGAAAGAUCUGGUCAGAGCAGGCGCGGGCACCGCCAUAUUGACCCGCUCAUCGGUGGUGCGUGAUGUGCAGCGUGGCAUUUUGAAAGCUCGCCAUAUAGAUUCUGAAGGGAUGAUGUUUGACGUGCACCUGGUCUACUCAAGGUCCUCCCAACAUAGCCGCGCUGCGCGCGCCGCCGGAGCGGUUAUCGAACAGUCUGCACCGGAGUUUUUCACUCAAUAG